AUGUAUAGAUCUGUUUUCAGUCAGACGUUUGAGACGGAUGAAGGUGAAAUAUCGGUGGAGCAGUAUUUCAAAGAGCGAUAUAAACGUACACUGCGUUAUCCUGACCUCCCGCUGGCCACAGAGCGUAAAGCUGGGAAAGGUUUCAGUUUCUUUCCCCUCGAGGUGCUGUGCAUUGAGAGAGGUCAACGAGUGGAUAACAAGAAACUCGCAGGAAAACUCACUGACAGAAUGAUUCAACAAGCCCGUAUGCUGCCUCACGAAAUGCGUGCACACAAUUCGCGUCAACUAGAAGAAGCGAAUCUCAUAAAAUGCAGAAAUGAGUAUCUCGCAGCAUUUGGGGUUAGUUGUACUUGCUUCCAUUCAGAGCGACAUGUGCUCAAAGAUGCUGAUUUUCACAGUUCUCCUGAUUCGGAGUAUGUUGGGCUGGCCUGUUUGUGA